CUACAGAACUUUUUGUCGGUGUUCUACUGCAGAUCAUGGCAUAAAGAUUUCGAAUACGAAGACACUUAUCUUUGAUAGAUAGAGCCCGUACCCUCUAUAAUCUUCAAGAGAAAACUUCACCGGGUCAGAAACAGGGGAGGAGGAGGAGGAGCUUGAGUCUUCGACGGAGGAGAAGAUCUCACGAUCUGCGACAUCAUCGAAGCUCCCGGAGAAAUCAUAUUCAAUGUUGAGAGUUUGUUGAUAAGCUGAAACGCUUUAAUUUAGAUGUUUGUCCAAAAAAAAAAAAAAAUUCAUAUUCAAUGUUUAGAGGAUUUGGUUUUAGUUUACUCGUCACGACUUUGAUUCGAUCCUUUAAUGUAUAGCAAACCAGGAGAUGAUGAUAUUUAAGAAAGAGAUCAACUUUAAGAUAGUUUAUGUUUCAUAUCUUUUACCCAAAUAAAAAAAGUUUCCUAAUUUGGCAUAGUUAAUGUUGACUCUUUGUCUGUAUUGUGUCACAGAAGAAGUUUACAUGGCAGCACUGGAGGAACUGAAGAAGAAACUUUCUCCUUUGUUUGAUGCCGAGAAGGGUUUCUCUUCAUCCUCAUCUUUAGACCCAAACGAUUCAUAUUUAUUAUCAGAUGGUGGUACUGUUAACUUGCUUAGUAGAUCAUAUGGAGUUUACAACUUCAACGAGCUCGGGUUACAAAAAUGCACAACUUCUCAUGUUGAUGAGUCUGAGAGUUGCGAGACGACUUAUCAGUGUGCUUCCCAUGAAAUGAGGGUCUUUGGAGCUAUAGGAAGCGGAGCUAGCAGCGUUGUUCAGCGCGCUAUUCAUAUCCCCAAACACAGACUUCUAGCCUUGAAGAGAAUCAAUAUCUUCGAAAGGGAGAAAAGACAGCAACUGCUUACAGAGAUACGGACUCUGUGUGAAGCUCCUUGUCAUGAAGGACUUGUGGAUUUUCACGGAGCCUUUUAUAGUCCUGACUCUGGACAAAUCAGCAUAGCUCUUGAAUAUAUGGAUGGAGGAUCUCUUGCAGAUAUCUUAAAAGUGACUAAGAAGAUACCUGAGCCUGUUCUUUCGUCAAUGUUCCACAAACUCUUGCAAGGAUUGAGCUACUUGCAUGGAGUUAGACAUCUUGUCCAUAGAGACAUCAAACCUGCAAAUCUGCUUGUAAAUCUCAAAGGGGAACCAAAGAUAACUGAUUUUGGCAUAAGUGCUGGUCUUGAGAACUCAAUGGCUAUGUGUGCUACUUUUGUUGGAACUGUCACCUACAUGUCACCGGAGCGGAUUAGAAAUGAGGGUUACUCUUAUCCAGCUGAUAUAUGGAGUCUUGGUCUCGCUCUUUUUGAAUGCGGCACUGGAGAGUUUCCGUAUAUAGCUAAUGAAGGUCCUGUUAAUCUUAUGUUGCAGAUCUUGGAUGAUCCAUCACCAACACCAUCAAAACAAGAAUUUUCACCAGAGUUCUGUUCCUUUAUUGAUGUUUGCCUCCAGAAAGAUGCAGAAACUAGACCAACAGCUGAUCAGCUUCUGUCACAUCCUUUUAUUACAAAACAUGAGAAGGAAACUGUAGAUUUGGCUGCUUUUGUUCAAAGCAUCUUUGAUCCAACUCAGAGACUGAAAGAUAUAGCAGAUAUGCUCACCAUACAUUAUUACUCCCUCUUUGAUGGAUUUGAUGAUCUUUGGCACCACACUAAAUCCCUCUACACUGAAACUUCCGUUUUCAGUUACUCUGGAAAACAAUACACAGGUUCUACAGAAAUCUUGUCAACAUUAUCAAACAUCCGCAACACAUUGGCAGGAGAUUUACCAAGUGAGAAACUCGUUCAUGUCGUUGAGAAGCUUCAGUGCAAGCCACAUGGCGAUGGUGGGGUCAUGAUUCGUGCAAUAGGAUCAUUCAUUGUGGGGAACCAGUUUCUGAUUUGUGGUGAUGGAGUUCAAGCAGAAGGGCUUCCGAGUUUCAAAGAUCUCGGGUUCGAUCUUGGAGACAGACGCGUUGGUCGGUUUCAAGAACAGUUUGUUGUGGAAUCCGGUGAUCUCAUUGGUCGGUAUUUUAUAGCUAAGCAAGAGCUUUAUAUCACAAAUUAAGAUUGUAAAACCACACAUGACAAAAAUUGUUGUUUUGUUAGUGUUAUUAAGCUGUAAUUAUUGAACUUGUUAAGUGUAACGUUCAAACCCGGGAGAAUGUGUUGACAAAAAAAAAACAGGGAGAAUGCAAUCUUAAAAGACCAUUGUUUUCUAAUGUAUAUUGUAUAUUAGUCUUUUUCUUG